CCUCCGCGUCUCUUGUCAACUCUGCCCCACUUUACGCGUCUGCAGCGCGCAGCUCCGCAGGCAGCAUGAGCGACUAUGAAGACGCAACCACCUUCCUGGGAGAAUGGGGCCGUUUCCAGCAGCAGGUGUUUUUCCUCCUCUGUCUGACCGUGGUGCCCAACGGCUUCACCGCCCUCUCCAUUGUGUUUCUGGCCGACACUCCGCGGCACCACUGCGUCGUGCCGGCGCGCGUAAACCUCACGGCGGCGUGGAGGAACAGCAGCAUCCCUCUGGAGGUGGAUAGCGGAGGAGAGCUGGUGCCCAGCAAAUGCCUCAGAUACAAACUGGAUGAUCUGCUGAGCUUCUCAGAGAGAGGUUUGAUGCCCGGCGUCGAUGUGAAUCUGACCGAGGUGCCAAAAGAAGGCUGUCUGGACGGGUGGGACUAUGACCAGAGCGUCUACAUCUCCACCAUCAUAUCCGAGUGGGACCUGGUGUGUGAUAACAGGUGGAAGAACCCGUUGACUUCCUCUGUCUACUUUGGUGGGGUUCUCGCCGGUUCUGUUAUUUCAGGGCAGCUCUCAGACAGGUAUGGGAGGAAAAUCGUGUUGUUUGUUACCAUGGCCGUCCAGACGGUGUUUGCACUCAUCACGGUGGCUUCUCCAUCCUGGCCUGUGUUCUGCGCUUUGUUCUUUGUCGUUGGGUUGGGACAUAUCUCUAAUUAUGUGUCCGCAUUCGUCUUAGGGACAGAGAUUCUUGGCCCACGCGUGCGGACGAUUUUCUCCACCAUGGGUGUGAGUGUUUUCUUUGGUGCAGGCUACAUGCUGCUGCCACUCGUGGGCUUCUUCAUCAGAAACUGGAGGAUGCUCAUCCUCACCCUCAACCUGCCUGGCUUGCUUUGUUUUCCUCUCUGGUGGUUCAUUCCAGAGUCUCCUCGGUGGCUGCUCUCUCAGGGUCGGGUGGAGGAGGCUGAGGCCAUAGUGAGAGAUGCUGCUAGGAAGAACAAAAUUGAGCCUCCGCCAGUCAUCUUCAGUCCCCCGCAGUAUAAACGUCAGUCCAAGGAGAGGACGACCCAUAACAUCUGCGAUCUGCUGCGUUCCCGAAACAUCCGCGGGAUUUCUCUCACGCUGUGGCUGGUGUGGAACACCCUGACCAUUGGCUACUUCGCAUUGUCCCUGAACACGGUGAACCUUCACGGCAACGCGUACUUCAACUGCUUCCUGUCGGCUCUGGUCGAGCUGCCUGCCUACACUUUGUCGUGGGUUUUGUUCCGCUGGGUUUCCAGACGACUGAGCAUCUUCUCGACGCUCACCAUGGGAGGACUGUCUCUACUCUUCAUACAGCUCAUACCAGCAAACCUGAUUCCUCUGGCCAUAACGCUCGAGAUGAUGGGGAAGUUUGCCGUGUCGACGGCCUUCGCCGUCGUGUAUGCCUACACAGCAGAGGUCUACCCAACCGUGCUGAGGAACACAGCUAUUGGUACCUGCUCCAUGGCCUCCAGAAUAGGCAGCAUCACCGCUCCAUACUUCAUUUACUUGAGAAGCUAUUCCGUAUCACUGCCUUACAUCCUCAUGGGAAGUCUGAUGGCUCUGGCAGGGUUGCUGAGUCUCCUGCUGCCCGAGAGCUAUGGAAUGCCUCUGCCCGACACCAUCACUCACAUGCAACACUUCCCUGGAUGUUGUCAGAAGACACCUUACACGGCCACACACACCGAGGAAGACAAGGACAUUUCCAGGGAAAAGAUCCAGUUGAAACUUGAACAAUGAGCAGCACUGACAUCCAGCUAUUGAUGGAAGAAACCGUACAACCCUUUCUCACCAGAAGGUAUUUUAAGUGACAUUAUAUCAACAUCUCCAUAGAGCUGGAAUAAUGUCUUCUGUGAGAGAGCAUCAUGUUGUCAAAUGAAAAGUGUAUCUCCCAACCAGUGCAACUACACUUAUAUGACUGCUGCUUCACUGGUAAAUUAGAAUCAUAUAUGAUACUUAUAAUACAGCAAAAUGUUUUAAUAUAAUUAUUUUCACAUUUAGUGUAGCUGCAAUUUUUCUUUCACUUUUAAAAUGUGAAAACAUUUCUGAAUAAUCUUUGUGAUGGAACCAACAUGCACAGACUGACCUGAAAGGUAGAAAGUUGUUCAUAAUAACUGUUUUUCAUGGUGUUGUAUCAAGGGAUGGCUUUUCAUUGCAGGACGUAGAUUCAAAUUGAUGUAGAUACAAUAUUCAACAGAAAAAGGCUGCAAAGAUACACACAUUUCUCUUGUGUAACGAAGGCUUGAGACAAUCAGUCUUGAUAAAGAUGAGGGUAUUUUGGUUGUGAGUGAUAUAUUAAAAGAAUUAUCUGUGACAUUUUCUGCUUUGUUGCAAUUUCUUAUCUGAACACUCAUCAAUUGAGCACAGACAUACACAUAUAGAUGGAAACAAGACGCACACAAUCCCAGUAAAUAUUUCCAUGGCUGCACAAAACAAUCAAUCGCAAGAUAUGUAAUGUAUAUGUAUGUCUUUCUAUAUAUUCUUUUUACUGGGUUAUGAAAAAUAGUGUUACACUCAAAUCUGUGAAAGCCACUUGGUUAUGAUUUCUGUCACCACUGUAAACUGUGCAGUAUUUAGAUUUUUCUCAACCAGCACUCAACUGAUUGACAGAGGAACCAAGGAAACACAGAGUCGACUGAAAUAAUAAUUUUUCCCACCCCAUUAUCGUUAACAUACCUGUAGCAUGAAUGUGCGUGCAUAAACAAGAUAUAAUCUUUUCUGUAUAUUUAUGUAAACAAAACACAUUUUGUUAAAUUUCCUGAGACCAGGGAUGUCACGAUAUGAAAUUAUGGUGCCACGAUUAUUGUCAGAGGAAAUAUCACGGUUUCACGAUUAUAGAUACUAUAGAAGGAAAGAGACACACAACAAACAACAUAUGGCUAUUAAUAAAUCUAAUGAACUAAAAUAUUUAUUAUUAUCAUCAACAAUAUCCAGUUAGUUUUUAAAGUGUGAAGUUUGGCUAUUUAAAAGUAAUUUAUGUAAGCUAUUUUAUUUAGUUGCCUUAUUGUGGAAGGUUGGUCAGUGAAUUUGUGUUUCCGCUGUGAACAACUAUAUAAGGCCGUUAAGUCAGUACCUUCUUCUCAACUAACGUUUCAGUUGCUCGUGCACACAGAUUACGUGACUCGCGAGAGGCCGGACACCAUAGUUCGGUAUCGGAUAUUGGAAAUCGCGACGUUAUGAAACCGCGGAUAUCGUAAAAUCGGUUAAUCGUGACAACCCUACCUGAGACUAUAAGAAAGUUAACCUAAUUUAUAAGAUGCUUUACAAUUCUAACAUAUAUGACUUAACUCAACUUAUUUCAAUGUCACAUUCUACUGCUGGAAUAAACUUUUCUUUUAACCAGGGCCGGUCCAGCCAUCUUCUACGUCCACCUCUACCAAUACUGGGAUAAAUCAUAAAUACCCUGUUUUAGAUUGAUGCUGAAAAACUAGUGGAUACAUGUGUUACCUGUAGACUAGACAACUGUAAUUCUCUAUUAUCAGGACAGAUCGAUAAGUCUAUGAUAAAAAAAACCUGAAAAAAAUGCUGCAGCAUGAAUACUGACGGUAACUAUAGAAAUCACAUUUCUCCAUUCUUAACUUCUCUGCAUUUGCUCCCUGUAAAAUCUAGAAUAGAGUUCAAAAUCCUCCUGAACCUAUUUAAUUGCAUAGAUAUCUUUACUCGUAACAUUUCUCUCCUCCAAAUCCAACCUAUCGAGACAGACGGCUUCUUCCCCCGACAAGUUUUUCUUCUCCAACGCUUUGAGAUAAUGCAUACAGAUGUUAAUCACUGUAUACAUAAAACACUUGAUAAUCAUAGUAGACUGUCCUGGUGCGGCACGUGUACUGUUUUUCUUUUCCCACUGAUGCAUGGACAACUUAU